AUGGGUCUGGCAGGAACGCUGAAUGCUCUCAACUUCUCCUCCCUGUCAUCACUCAUCAGUCUCGACCUCACAUCCAACAAGCUCUAUGGAAGCAUCCCUCCCACCAUAGCUGCUUUUUCGAAACUCACCUCCCUUGAUCUCUCCACUAAUAACUUCACCGGGAUAAUUCCACUACAAAUCGGUUCUCUGACAAAGCUCAACUCCCUGAAUCUUAGUGAUAAUCAGAUAAGUGGUUCUAUCCCUCCUUCACUAAGUAAUAUGACAAGGCUUAACUUCCUAUACCUAUUCGAAACUAAUCUUUCAGGUUCUAUCCCUAAGGAAUUAGGAAGGCUUGAGAAUCUGUUGGAAUUGGACAUCUCGUACAACCAGCUAAUAGGUUCCAUCCCUCCCACUCUGGGAAAUUUAACUCGGCUUCAAUUAUUGGAUUUUACCACCAUUGGGGUAUCUGGCUCCAUCCCUCCUGAAUUAGGGAAUCUUGUAAACCUGGAUAUUUUAGCUUUAG